UGCCUACUUAGUAUUACAAAACCGUUUUUACCACACUUUUAGGUAAUUUAUGUACUUCAACGGGUAAAUAUCGAAUUUAGUAUAAAAGCUAGCGGCUUUUUAGCUAUAGACACCACAAUUCGUUUAACUCUUCGCCUGCAAAGAAGUUCAAAAACAAAAACUUAACAAAAUGUUCAAAUUGUUCGCAGUCUGCUUCUUGGCUCUCUUCGCUGUCGCUUUCGGUGCUGCUAAGCCCGGUCUCUUGGCUGCUCCAUUGGCUUACUCCGCUCCAUUAGCCGCUGCCCCAGUUGCUGCUGCCUAUGCCGCUCCAUUCGCCUACACUGCCGGAUAUGCUGGUUACGUUGCACCCUACGCCAGCAGCUACUCAGCUCACUCGAUUGCCCACUCCGCCGCUUUCCCAGCUGCCUAUGCCGCCGCUCCAGUUGUCGCCGCCCCAGCACCAGUGGUCGCUGCUGCUCCAGCCGUCGCUGUGUUGCGCAAAUAAGUUUUACAUAAUCUGCUGAACCUUUAUUUAUGAGACUGUGAUGGAAUUAAAAUUGAAAAGACGUUAUAGCAAAUACAUACAUAUAUGAGAAAACAUAAAGUAGAAAUUUAAGCUUAAUUUUUUUUUUAUUCAUGAUUUCUUCAUUAAAAAAAUGGUCUAGGCAUUUACUAUAGGUUAUGAAAUUAAAUCACUUUCUUCUUUAAUAAAA